AGUAACUUAACACUAAAUUCGAGCUAUGGUUUGAUAAGAGGUCACCAAUCCGCUUAAUAACAAAGGCAUGCCAAACAAAUACGAAAUCGAUACCUAUAAUUGCCAAAUAUAUAUCAAGUUUGAGUGGGUGGUCUACUUGCAACGCUAGAGACCGAUCGUGAGUGAGGCAACGUUCGAAGUUCAUUGCGCGAUGACACGCACUCUCCCCCGUGUAUGAUUAGGCCGCAUGAAACGUACCUAUGCGAAAAUGAGCGAUGUAGAACGGGCUGUGGUAUUUCAAUAAACACGAGCAGAGUAGCUCUAAGAGGAGGGAUGGAGCAAAGAGGCUGGAUGCGUGCGCACCCCGAGAUUCGAAGCGCGCGGCAGUCGACAUGCGGCGAGCGCGGAGUGUGACGGGGCCCUUGCGGAGGGCCCACCCUGCCUCAGGGGCCACCUGGAAUGUCCAGGUGGUCCGCGGGAAAAUGAGCUCGCAGUGUCUCUGGCACGCGUGCCGCGCGCUGUCCGCGGGGCUGCUACUGAUGCUGCUGGGCGCUGCCAUGGCCGUCAUAGGGUACUACGCUGACACAUUGUCGGUAGACCAGGAGGUACGCGGCAACGCCACCAUCUCCGUCAAGGACGAGGCGAGGGGCUUCCACCUCAACAACCUCUCGUACGCCGGGCCCAUCGUCAUGGGAUUCGGAGGCUUUAUAGUAGUGGCAGCGUGCGUGAUGACGUUUGAAGCGCGCGACAGCGCGGCGAAAGUGACGCCGGCGCGACCGCAGGCGCUGCCGCGGCCCGUGCCGCGCCGAGGCCCGUGCGCGCCCGCGCGCCUCGACCAGCUCGGCGUGUACCGCCUGCCGCACGUGCUGCCGCUGCCGCACUCGUUGCCGCUCGCGCCGGUCUUUAGGCAUCGCCCGCCGCAUUCCACUAGAACCGCUGAGAAAAAGGGCCGGGCCCGGUUUGGGUCGGCGCCGGACUUGCGCGGCGGCGGCGCGCGCGCCGUGCCCAUCUCAGCCUUGCGUCGUCCGCUGCGCCGCUACGCGCUGUCCGUCGACGAGCCGCCACACUCCGCCGUCAGUGCGAGCGCAGCGGAGUCAGAGUGCGGGUCGCAGUCGUCGCUGGCGCUGGACCUGCACGCAAGCGGCGCGUGCGCCGGCGUGACGCUGCGCGUGCGCGACAACACGCGCCGCCGCCCACUCGCGCGCCAGCAGCGCUUGCGAGACGACGCUGGCCACACUCCGGGAGAAAGUGCUCUCAACGUCAACGUAAUAGAUGAUCCACUAACAAAAAUGAAUGAAUCGGAGGAAAUCAGCAAACCCGACGAUAAGCGCCUGUCAGUGGAAGUGGAGACCCGGGCGAGUAGCGCGCCGCUGCCGACGCAGCCGUCGCCGCCGCCGUCGCCGCGGCUCGUGGUGACGCCGUGCCCGCUGUCGCCCUCCGUCGAGGACACGCGCAUCACCAUCGAGCCCGAGGCCGAGCCCCCGCCCGACCAAUGAGAUCUAACACCGUCUCGGAGCUCCGAGACUGUCGACACCUCCGAUACUUCUGCGCCCAGUGAACCUUGUUGAUAUUUUUUUAAGAGUAGGUAUACAAUUAUUUAAGUUUUAUUUUUCUUACAUAAUUUACACUGUUUUCGAUGUGCCCCAAGAAGUGAAAGCAGAUUUUCUAUUAUCUAGAGGUGUGUUUGUUGGCUGUUUACGAGUGUUGAAUGGUGGCUGCAGCGGGAGGACCGCCGCGCUGGUGCGUCGCCGCUGCCUAUGUACCUAGUAUUGUGUGU